AUUCCUAGUAAUACGAAAUCCGUUAGAUUUUACGUCCAGACAAAAGAGCCUGGUGUUAAUUAUUUGAUUGAUGAUGGUGAAUUAACACAAGUUCAAACAUUAUCACAAUUUGCCAGCGAUGCUAAUAAGGGAAUAGAUCAUAAUAGAAAAGCCAACUUAAAAAUCAGUUUAAGCGGAAGUUCUUAUCCGUCUGGAAUUAAAGUUGAGAUUCAACAAACCCGAAGUGAAUUUGGUUGGGGUUCCGCCGUUAACGUUAAUUACAUCCACGACUCCAGUCAUAAACGCUAUCAAGAUUUCUUCUACGAUAUAUUUGAAUGGGCAGUAUUAGAAAAUGCUUUAAAAUGGCCAUUUCUCGAAUAUAGCAAGGGGAAUUUCCAACCCGGUAAUGCCAUGAAUGCUAUUAAUUCCAUGCGUGUUAAAGGUAUAAAGGUCAGAGGUCAUAAUAUAUUUUGGGGAGGAUCGGAUGUUGUUCCGUCGUGGCAGAAAUCAAUGUCUGGAUCGGAAUUUAAACCACUCUUAGAAAAACAUAUGAGUGAUAUGGCUAAAACAUUCAGGGCAAAGUUCCAGCAUUGGGAUGUGGAAAAUGAAAAUCUACAUCUCCACUUUUACGAAGAUAAGUUACGAGACCCUCACAUCACUGAAUGGAUGUUUCGAGAGAUGCACAGAAUAGAUCCUCCAACUCAACGAUAUUUGAAUGACUACAGCAUUGUUGAUGGUGGACAGUCGACAAUGGCCUAUGUAGACCAAGGAAUGCGUUUUAAAUCUGCUGGAGUACCUGUAUCUGGUAUGGGCAUACAGAGUCAUCUCGUUGGUGAUAUUGACAUUUCUGCUAUUAAGAGAAGACUGGACGAAGUGGCUAAAGUCGGAUAUCCUAUCUGGAUAACCGAGUUAGAUAUAAGCCAGGGGGACAAUCAUAAGAAAGCGCAAUAUUAUGAGGACGUCAUGAGACUAUACUUCAGUCAUCCAGCAGUUAAAGGUGUUAUGUUCUGGGGAUUCUGGGAUGGAAAACAUUGGCGACCACAAGCUGCACUUGCAAAUGGGAAUAAUGUUACGCCAAAUGAAGCAGGGAAAAGGGUACAGCAACUGCUAAAACAUACAUGGAGAACCAACGAAUCACAUAAUAUAAGUCACGGUCAGACAGUCAGUAUCAGAGCUUUUAAAGGUUCCUAUAAAUUACUGGUACACCAUAAUGGUAAAGUUAUUCAUACCGAGAACUUCAGUCUUGGUCAAGCUGGAAACACUCUAAAAGUUAAUCUAAGUGGAUCAGGCUCAAAUCCACAUGUUGAUAACGUUUUAAUUGGUUGAUGGAGGAAAGCGACGCAGAUAUGGUUUAAUGUUAAUAUUUGAAUGUAUGAAAUAAAUCUUAGAUAUGGUUGUAUCGGUGCAUUGUUUUAU